AUGGGUCUGUGCGAAGUCUGUGCGAAGAUUGAUAUCCGACAGCUGCUCCAGAUGGCGAGCUCAUUGAAUCACAUAGAGAGCGACGUGAAUGAGUACAGAGAGUGCCCGUGCUGCUCCCUACACGAGUACGGUCUCCCGCAUCAUGAGACCUACGCUGGUCUAAAGGCUGCUUCAGACCACGGUUGUGACUUUUGCAGACUGGUUCGGCACUUGAUUAUAGAGAAGGAAGAACGGAGGCCUUCCCGCACGGAGGACACUCUAUUGAACGAAGCAACAUGGGGCUCUCGUCCUGUUGUCCUUGUUCCCUGGAAGAGUGAUGCUGCCCAUUCAUAUAUAGGCGAGCCACCCCUAAUCGAAAUCCGUGUGGAGUGUGGAUCGAGGUCAGACACCCUUUUUGUUCUUUACUUUGAAGCUGUGGCUCCUAGAGAACACUCUGUGCAAUUCGAGACUGAUGCUCGUCCAGAUCGUUUCCCCCCAGGUGGACACCGUCUCUUACAUACUGCAAUUCAUGCCGAUUCUGCAGAACCCAGUUGCCUCGAACAAGCAGAAGAAUGGCUUCAAACUUGCUUGAGGAGUCACCAUCUUUGUGCUACGAGAAAGAGGCGGAAGGUUCGACCACCUACCCGGCUUAUCGAUGUCAUGCCACAGACUGAGUUGAAUAAUCCCCGUUUGUGUCUGGCAACUCAAAAUAUUGUCUCAUGGGUGGCGCUUAGCUAUUGCUGGGGUGGUCAAUCCGAUUUCGUGCUGAAUGAUAGGACCAUGGGAACAAUGAUUGAAGGGAUUCCUUUAUCCGACUUUCCAGCGACCUUGCGAGAUGCAAUCGCUAUCACCCGAAGGCUUGGUAUACGCCAUCUUUGGAUCGACGCGCUGUGCAUUAAACAAGACUCCGAGGAUGACUGGCGGCGAGAGAGUUCGCGGAUGCGAGAUGUCUAUAAAGGAGCCACUUUGACCCUGGUAGCGGCGAAUGCCCCCUCGGUAAAUACGGGAAUCUUUUCAAAGCGAACUUCUAAGCUCGACCUUUGUCGACUGCCGUGGAGCGUUCCAUACAGCCAAGGCCAAUUGCCACCUGACCAAGGGGAAAGCGUUUGCAUGCGACCACACAUCUGGGAUCAAGAGAGCGAGCCUUGGCCAAUCCAACAGCGUGGUUGGACACUGCAGGAGUUUGUGUUGUCAUCUCGUACGUUAUCGUAUACCAAAGGUCGCAUGGUCUGGCAAUGUUUCACUUGCCAUGUCGACGAAGGCGGUAGAGUCCACCAGGACGCCGUGCUAACCAGCAGAGGCGCCCUCGAAAAUAUAAUUGCUAAAAAUGAAACAAGGACGCCUUUGCGGGUGGUGAAAACUGUGCCCAGGUUCGUGAAAGGCAUGUAUGCCAAGAUUGAGCUCCCUCGAACCCUUCAACAAGAGCCGAACCGUCAUUGGACCACCUUGGUGCACGAGUAUACGAGCCGAAACCUUACAAAGGAAACGGAUGCGCUGCCUGGCAUUGCAGGUCUUGCUUCAGAACUUGCCCGCCAAACACGAGACUCGUAUCUUGCUGGACUUUGGCGACAGGAGCUGUUGCUCGGGUUGAUGUGGAGUCUGGAUCCAUUCUUAGUACCCAAGACCAUCGCUCCUAUAACAGGCUCUGCGGAGUAUCGAGCGCCCAGUUGGAGCUGGGCAGCGGUCAAAGGGAGCCCCGUGCGCAUUGAGCCUCCAGCGUUCUCUCACUCUCGUACACGGGAUGCGUCUGAACGGACCAAAAUUAUUGAAGUGAAAGUAGAGCCGGUGAUGUCCAGGGACCCCUUCGGUCAAGUAAAGGGAGGCUAUCUCAUUCUUCGAGGAAAGUUCUUCAUCGUAGGAAACUUUCUUAAAAGUGACUCGACCGCAGCAUCCGAUUUGCUGCCUGCAACACGAAAAGUCCUGCGCGCCUCGGUCCUGGAGGCACCGGGCAUGAAGCACGAAUUCUACCAACAGCACAAGCCUUGUGAUAAUCAGCAAUUUGCGUUGUUGCAAUUGACGGUGUGGAUCAGUCAGGGGGGGAAAGAUGGCGCAGACUAUCUUGUACUAGAAAGUGUGGCCACUGAUGCCAGCAGGUACCGACGCAUUGGAUUCAUUACUCUGGCGACACAAUCCGGUCCGAUUGGCAAUAAUACCUCUCCAGAUGAUCGCUUAGCAAUGAGAGGCGAUGGAUAUGGAGAUUUGGCAAAAGAUGCGUUGCAGGAAUUACAAGAGGCGGAGGGAGCGGAGAAAGUGGUCAAGAUUAUCUGA